AUGGAGGGUGUGGAGGCUGGGUUGGAACUGAAGCAGGUUUUUAAUACUAAACACACACCACUGUAUGGUCUCUUUAAAUCUCUGCUGUGUCAUGUGUUCUGUGUCUACGUCUCUCUUACAGCUGCAGACCUGAGGCUGACGAGUGGAGGCCACCGCUGUGAGGGGAGAGUGGAAGUGAAGUACCAAGGAAUAUGGGGCACAGUGAAUGAUUUUGACUGGAACCUGGAGGAUGCAGCUGUGGUGUGCAGACAGCUGGAAUGUGGAGUUGCUGUUGCUGCUUCCAGAGGGGUUUAUUUCGGAUCAGGGGUAGGGCCCAUUUGGCAUUCAUAUCUUAUUUGCAAAGGGACAGAAUUGAAAAUCAAUGACUGUAUUCGUUCUAUGGUUCGAAACUAUCAUGAGCUUGACUAUUCCCAUACCUUGGAUGUUGGAGUUGCCUGCUCAGGAUUUGUGCGUCUGGUUGGAGGGGAUGGAUCCUGCUCAGGGAGAGUAGAAGUGCAUUCUGGAAGAAACUGGGAUUCAGUAUCUGGUGGGAACUUCACAUUCUCCACUGCCCAGGUUAUCUGUGCAGAGCUGGGGUGUGGCAAAGCUGUGUCUAUUCUGAUGGAUGUGCCCUUUAGAGAGUCAGAUGGACAGGUCUGGGAUGAAGAGUUCUGGUGUGAGGGGCAGGAACCUGAGCUCAGGAUCUGCCCCAGAGUGCCCUGUCCUGGAGGUACUUGCCAGCACAGAGGGGCUGUUCAAGUUGUCUGUUCAGCAUACACAGAAGUGCGGCUCAUGAAAAAUGGCACCUCUCAGUGUGAGGGACAAGUGGAAAUGAAUAUUUCUGGAAAAUGGAGAAUACUCUGUGCCUCCCACUGGAAUAUGGCCAAUGCCAAUGUUGUCUGUCAUCAGCUCGGCUGUGGAGUUGCCAUCUCAACCCCCAAAGGAGCAUACUUUGUGAAAGGAGGUGAUCAAAUCUGGAAAGCCCAAUUUCACUGCUCAGGGGCUGAGUCCUUCUUAUGGAAUUGCCCAAUGACUGCCUUGGGCAUUCCUGACUGUACCCAUGGAAGCACAGCCUCUGUGAUCUGCUCAGGAAACCAGACCCAGGUGCUGCCCCAGUGUGACUCCAUGUCUGCAUCAGCAGGCUCUGCAGCCUCAGAGGAGAGUCCUGCCAGCUGCUUAGACAGGGGACAGCUCCGCCUGGUGGACGGGGGCGGUCCCUGUGCUGGCAGAGUGGAGAUCCUUCACCAGGGCUCCUGGGGCACCAUCUGUGAUGACAGCUGGGACCUGAAUGAUGCCCAGGUGGUGUGCAGACAGCUGGGCUGUGGAGAGGCCCUCAACACCACGGUCUCUGCUCACUUCGGGGAAGGAUCAGGCCAGAUCUGGCUGGAUGACGUGAACUGCACAGGAAAGGAGUCCCACCUGUGGAAGUGCCCUUCCCGGGGCUGGGGACAGCACGACUGCUGGCACAAGGAGGACGCGGGGGUCAUCUGCUCAGAGUUCCUGGCCCUCAGGAUGGUGAGCAAGGACCAGGAGUGUGCUGGGUGGCUGGAAGUUUUCUACAACGGGACCUGGGGCAGUGUCUGCUAUAGCCCCAUGGAAGCCACGACUUUGUCCACGAUCUGCAGACACCUUGGCUGUGGGGACAGUGGGACCCUGGACUCUUCUGUUGAUUUUAGGGAAGGUUCUAGACCCCGGUGGGUAGAUGGAAUCCGGUGUCGGAAAACUGAUACCUCUCUCUGGCAAUGUCCUUCUGACCCUUGGAAAUACAGUUCAUGCCUUCUAAGAGAUGAAGCUUAUAUCACGUGUGCAGGAAGAAGAUCCCAGAGCUGUCCCUCUACUGCCCCCUGCACAGACAAAGACAAGGUCCGACUCAGGAAUGGAGACACCCAGUGCUCAGGGCGAGUGGAGGUUUGGCACAAUGGCUCCUGGGGCACAGUGUGCGAUGACUCUUGGAGCCUGGCAGAGGCUGAGGUGGUGUGUCAGCAGCUGGGCUGUGGCUCUGCCCUGGAAGCCCUGCAGGAGGCGACAUUUGGUCCAGGACAUGGGCCCAUCUGGCUGGAUGAGGUGCAGUGCAGGGGCAGGGAGUCCUCCCUGUGGGCCUGUGCUAUGGAGCCCUGGGGGCAGAGCAACUGCAAGCACGAGGAGGAUGCUGGCGUGAGGUGCUCUGGUGAAAGAACAACAUUGCCCACCACUACAGCAGGGACCAGAUCUGGCCCAAGUCCUGUACCUGGCAUCUUCUCCCUGCCUGGGACCCUUUGCCUCAUCUUAGGGGCCCUUCUCUUCCUGGUCCUCAUCAUCCUGGUGAUUCAGCUGUACAGAGGGAGAGUGGAGCACAGAGCCUUAUCCAAUUUAGAAUAUGCUCUUGAUGAAGCCAUGUAUGUGGAAAUUGAUUAUCGUGUAUCGCCGAAGAAAGAAGCUCUACUGAGCACCCCAGAGCCCUCUGCUCAAAGGACUGAUGCCUUUAGCGAGAUUUACGAUGAUGCUGAAGAGGUUCCAGUGCCCCAGGCUCCUUCUGCUUCUCAGAUGAACGAGUGGGAAGUGCCCUUAGAGGAGAAUGGAGUGAGAAUUUUUCAGACAGGCUCCUCUCUGCACUUCCCUGGAGGGGCAGCUCAUCCUAGGAAAGAAGAUAGUCCCUGGCUGCUCCAGGGGGGAGAAGAGGAUCCUGAGUAUGAUGAUGCUGAACUAAGUGUUGUUGGAGCAUCUACAGUAGCUUUCCAUGCUGUUGUGUUAAAAAAGAGAUGAGGCCUCAGAUAGUCUGUCUCUAUUCCAAUAGGGCAGUACUGACCUAUAAUUAUGUCCUAUGGAAAUGGCUCAAAAUUAACUAUUCUGAAUAGAGCACUUUUUACUUUGUUGAUAAAUUAGCAAGUUUGAUCUAAUUGCUCUUAGAGGAGUGGUCCUCAAUCUGUUUUCCUAUGAAGAUAUUGGGAACUGACCUGUUUAUUCAUCUCCCCCACAAACUACUCAAGGCAUUAACUUUGCCCAGGCUCAUGGGUGCUCAGGUCAUUCUUGCUUAGACAAGGGACUCUAAAGUUGGUCCACACUCACACCCUCAUUCCUAGGAAGAUGAACUCAUAAAAACAUCUUGAACAUUCAUGUAUGCUCUUUGCUGAGAUGUCACAUCAUCUGUUUUUAAACAAUUUCUAGAAACCAGACUUGGGUGUGAAUUUCAAAGUUGAGGGUGAGAGGCUGGCUAGUAAGAGAGAAUGAGUAAAGCUUUCCUUACUCUGUCCAAACUUUCAUGGAACAAUUAAAAAUGUAGUUUUAUACAACUGUUUCUUCUUUUUUCACCUCUAAUUUCGUAAGCUGCUUUUCAUUUUAUUACUCAGGCUCAUACAGUCUCCUUACUUUUUCCUCAUGUCUAGUUGGUAAUGAAAUCCUUUUAAAUUCAGACUUUCCUCUCCAUUCCUUUCUCAUAUUUAUUUAGGACAUUGCCAUUUAUUGUCUGUUUAAUUAUAAAGCCUUCUAAGCAAAUUAUAUAAACUCAUCUCUUUUUAUUGCAAGUUGAUGGAGGACAAAUUGGCACUCACCCACAGACCUGCAUCCAAGUGGGCAAGAAAACAAGGAAGGGUAGACCUAGUUAGAGGAAACCCAGAAGGAAUACAGACAGAAAAAACAAGAACUUUUGGCUACAUGAGUUUUGCAGAUUGGAUGAAGGGAUCUGACAUAAUUAAACUAAUAGAAAAAUAAUUUCAGACCAGUGGGCUUCUCUGAAAAUAUAUUGCUUUAAGGUUGCUUUGAUCUGGUGACU